CGGAGCGGCGGCGCGCGGGGCGGGCUCUUAGACUCCGGGAGGUGGCGGCUCGCGCCCCGGCGCACGCUCGGGCGCCUCCUAGCCCAGGUCGUUGGGCCCAGCCCGGUUCCCCGGCGGUGCGCAAGCCAAGAUGCUGAGGCGCAGCUUGGAAAACCGGGACGCUCAAACCAGACAGCUGCAAGAUGCUGUCACAAACGUGGAGAAGCAUUUCGGAGAGCUGUGCCAAAUCUUUGCUGCUUAUGUAAGGAAAACUGCCAGACUGCGAGACAAAGCAGACCUAUUGGUGAAUGAAAUAAACGUGUAUGCCUCUACAGAGACCCCAAAUUUAAAGCAGGGCCUGAAAAACUUUGCCGAUGAGUUUGCCAAACUUCAGGAUUAUCGACAAGCAGAGGUGCUAAUGAACAAUGAACAAAAGGUUGAAAGACUUGAAGCCAAAGUAGUUGAACCUUUGAAAGCUUAUGGAACCAUUGUAAAAAUGAAACGAGAUGACCUCAAAGCAACAUUAACAGCAAGGAAUCGAGAAGCUAAACAGUUAACUCAGUUAGAAAGAACACGUCAGCGAAACCCAUCUGAUCGACAUGUCAUUUCACAGGCAGAAACUGAAUUGCAGAGAGCUACAAUGGAUGCUACCCGAACAACUCGUCAUCUGGAGGAAACUAUUGACAAUUUUGAAAAGCAGAAAAUAAAGGAUAUAAAGACUAUAUUUUCAGAAUUUAUCACUAUUGAAAUGUUAUUUCAUGGCAAAGCUUUAGAGGUCUACACUGCUGCCUACCAAAACAUACAAAAGAUUGAUGAAGAAGAAGAUCUGGAGGUUUUCCGAAAUUCUGUGUAUCCACCAGAUUAUUCAUCCCGUUUAGAUAUCGUAAGAGCAAAUUCAAAGUCACCUCUUCAAAGAUCACUCUCGGCUAAGUGUAUAUCUGGAACAGGACAGGUAUCCACCUGUCGACUAAGAAAGGAUCAACAGGCAGAAGAUGAUGAUGAAGAGGAUGAAGACUUAGAUGUCACAGAAGAAGAAAAUUAAUCUUCUUAAGUAAACUCCACCUUUCAGUUUUCAUCUUAAAUGACUUGGAAUCCAGAAUUAAUACAAUGUAAAACUUUAUACUGGCUUCAUACACAAUAAACCUCAAAAUGAAAUCCCACUGGAAAUGAAAAUUAAAGGAAAUCUGUGCUGACAAAAACUGAAGGUUUUAAAAAAUAUUACACACCAGUCAUUUCAACAUCCUAUCCAACAGUAUGUGAUUUUUGUAUAGGUUCCAUUUUUUUUAAAAUUAUGUAUUUCAAAAGUAUUUCAUAUUAAUGCACUAUACGUAGUUGAGGUUGCAAUAUAACUAGGUGAGAAAAAACAAGAGAUCUAACAAUUUGACUUCUUUUGCUUUCAUUGCCAAAAAAGGGUCUUUAGUCAUUCUGAUUAAAUUCAAAUUCUAUUCCAUAAAGCCUUAAUAAAAAAGACAAGGGUUUUUUUCCUUUCCUCAUUUUCACUUUUACUAUAAUCUUAAGUUUCAUUGUUUGAUAAUUUACUUUUCAACAAGAGUGUUAUUACUUCUGAUUAAAGGUAAUGGGCACUAGGAUAUCAGUGUCUUAAAUUUUAGGUUAAAAUUUAGCAUAAAUUUUAGAUUGACAAAGAAAGCUACAUUCAGCCUGAUUCAGGUUUCAGAAUGAAAAUGCUAUCAGACUAAAGAAUUAUACACAAAACUACAACUUUUGGAAAGCUGUAAUUUGGUAGAAUGUUGCUAAGAAAACAUCAUGGAAAAUCAUUAAACCAAACUACCAUCUAAUUAAUGAAAAGAGGAUAUAGUUACUUUUAUUCCUGAAAAUAAUUUAAUCAGAGCCUUUCAGUAUGCCCAUUUGUUUCUUUGGAUGGGGACUGCACUUUUGAUAUUUCAUGGAUACUAGUCAGGCAUAUAAAAAUAAUGAAAUUUUUAAAUCAUUUGGGAUAACACAAAAAACAAUUAUUCAUAACAGACAAAUAAAGACUUUACAGAAA